AUGGGAUGCCUGUCACUUCUCCUCUUCGAGCUCGCAGCCGUCUGUGUGUUUCACACGACGACGGCCAACAAUGAAAUCGACAGCUACAUCUACGGCAUGAACUACUCGCGGGACCAAGUCUUAGCAUACAAGGGAGAAAGCAAGACCAGUGUUCCAGUACAAACCGAAGGCAAGCUGGAUACUAACCACAACUUCAUCGUAAUCACAAGGGAAAAGAAAACUGCACAGAAUGGAAUGUCCGAUAUCGGAGUUGUGACUGCUAAUGAACAUAGAACCUAUCCUGGAUCAUUGCUGCUGGCUAAUCAGAGACUUAUUGAUAAUUCACCUGACGUCCUCUCUCUACCUCGUGCUCCGCUCACCUACACCGUGAAUCUGCCAGGCUUAACCACUGAUGGCCACUUCACCAUUGACCCAACCUUCGCUCAAUACCAGUCCACGAAGGAAAACACGUUGAAGACUUGGUUUGAGAAGCAUCCGAAUGACCAAAGUGUCGUAGCCAACUUCCACAGUGAUUACACCUUCGCUUAUAGUCAAGAGUAUCUAAGAGUCAAAUUUGGCUUGGAGUUCAAGAACACCCAGGUAGAGUCCAGUAUUGAUUUUAGUGCGAUGCAGAAACAAGAAAAACUCAUUAUGAUUCACAAGUUUAAACAAGUGUUUUAUACCGUGAGCGUCGAGCAUUCUCACAAACCUUCUGAUCUGUUCGCGUCGUCAGUAACUCUUGACACCUUGAAGCAGAAGACAGAUAUCAACAACCCGCCUGUUAUUGUUGAUAGUGUGUCAUACGGUAGGACUAUCUACGUCAAGCUGGAGACAUCCUCAACUGAUAGAGAAGCAAAGGCUACACUGGCUACAAAAGCAACAAAUUUCGACCUCAAGGCCGACGCUGAAGCCGAGAUGAAAAGCAAGCUGAAGAACCUUAACAUGCAGGUUUUCGUUAUCGGUGGAAGCUCUGAGCACAUUCAGUUGAUUAAUGCCAAAACGUUCAAGGAGGUGAACGAUGUUCUGGUGAAAUACGCAAAAUUCUCCCGAGACAACUUGGGAUACCCUAUCUCCUACUCGGCUCAAUUCAUCAAAGACAACUCCAGGGCCAUCGUGCAAAUGUCUACUGACUACAUUGAGACGACCAGCACGAUACACUCGAAGGGAAUAAUCAAAAUAGUACACAAAGGAGGUUUCGUCAUGCAGUGGGCUGUCAAGUGGAAGGAAGUGAGCUACGAUAGCAACGGAGCCAAGGUGAGCAAGGUCGUGGAGUGGGAGAAGAACUGGCAAGAUCUAACAGCUCCCUUCGAGCAAGACAUUGAGCUCCCUGGGAACGCUGAAGACAUCAGUGUAUUUGCCAGAGAGGCUACUGGUGUGAACUGGGAUUGGUGGCGCACUAUCUUUGACAAGAAAGGCAUUCCACUCAUUGAUAAGAGAACAUUCACAGCAUGGGGAACAACCCUUCAUCCGGAGAGUUCGGUAUCACCUAGUGUUUAA